AGAAUCACCUUGAGCCAAUCGACAACACCGGCGACGGGUCCACGCACGGACACAUGGAGUGAUGCCCUCUGCACUUGCGCGUGGGCAGUUGGUGGAGAUCACAGGUGUCAAGGCGCUCGACACACCCGAUCGAUGGCGAAAAGAUGGCGUGGCCGCUGGGCCGAAAGACGUCAAUGGGCAGCAGGGCCAGCUGAUCGAGUUCAACGAAGAGAAGGGUGAAUGGACCGUCGCAACGUUCAAUGCAGACAUCGUCGCUGCUGCAGAGUCCUCCCUCAGGCCUUUAACAGCUGAAGAUCUUCAAGACUACGACAUCACCUUGGGGCCAGCGUCGGACACUGGCGUCAUGGGAGCAGAGCUGACGGAGCGGCUGUCGGAUCAAGGGUACGCUGUGUGCAAGCUCUUCAUAGAUCCAGAGGACUUGAAUGAAUUGGUGCGGACAGCAGACAGGUGUGUUUCAGAGGGAGCAUUUACCAGACUUGCAGCUGAGCUAGAAAGUGGAUAUUUGGGCCAGGAAGGGAAAGGCAAAACCCUCUCUGUGGACCUGGACAGCAGCGACACUGCUGAUUUUCUCAGGGAGUCUCCGUUGAAGACCUUUGAAGAUGCCAUUGAGACAGUGGGAACGCUGAUAAGACCUUUCGUGGAACCAGAGCUGGGUUUUGACAUUUACAGCCGCACAAGUACAAUGAUGUCGCUGCCCUUUGUGGAUGAGAGUGACGAGGAUAUGUUCUCCCCACCUCAGAUUGACAAUGAAGAAGCUGCAAACUUCCUUUCGAUGAUGUGGCGCUCUAAGCUGAUGAUCCUGGUCAAUGCUGGGCCCGGAGCGACGACUUUAACACUGACUCCGAAAGCCAUCACUGACUCGGAUCCUAUUAAGCCGCAGCUAAACAUCAAUCCUGGAAUGCUUUGCGUCUUCUGCAUGGACAGGUACAAGUUUUCACACCAGUCUGAAGGAAAGGCUCUUUCCCUCUCAGCUUUUUUCCUUGAUGCUCCUCGUGAGUAUGUCAUAGACAACAUCACGGGUGAUCUGACUUUCCUGACAGGGACGGUCUCGGGACCUCCUCAGCCAAAGACAGACUCCAUCCCAGUUGUUGCAAUGGGGGAAAGAUAUGCUUUUGGUGUGGAUGAGCCAUGGAAAGCCUGGGUGGCCUACGCGAAAGCUGGUUGGGAUACGAUUACUAGGCACCCUCAGCAGAGAUGGGACUGCGAUACAUAUUAUGAUCCGGAUGCUGACCAGACUUCUGGACUCUCAUACACUUGCCACGGUGGCUUUUCAGACGGUAUUGAACUCUUUGACUGCAAGUUCUUUGACAUCUCUCCAGCAGAAGCGCGAGGUAUGGAUCCAACGCAGCGUCAAGUCUUGGAGGUAUCCUACAUCUCGCUGCAGGGCGCUGGUUGGACAAAGAAGAUGCUGCAGGCCAAGCCAGCCCAAAUCGGCGUUUUCGUCGGUCUGGACAAGAAUGAGUGGAACAGCCUCCCAAAGGACAUUGCGGGUGGAUUCGCAGCGUCCAGCGGAGCCAAUGCCAUUACAUCCAAUCGAUUCAACUACUGCAUGAACUUGAAGGGCGCAAGUAUGACCCUUGACACUGCCUGUUCCUCUUCUCUCGUGGCCAUGCACACUGGGAAAUUGUAUUUGCUCCACAAGCACUUUGACCCGUGUGAGGCGGUCAUCAUUUGUGGAGUGAAUCUGAGCCUUAGCCCCAUGACCUACAUCAGCUGCUGUGGUGCAGGCAUGCAUUCCCAUUUGGGCCGAUGCUUUACCUACAACUUUUCUGCGGAUGGCUACACUCGUGGUGAGGCAACUGCCUCCACAGCCCUGAAGAUGAAACCAUUUGAAAGGGAGCAAGGCGACUACGGGGUCGUGGCAGGAAGCCAGGUUAAUCAGGACGGACGAAGUGCAUCCCUGACUGCUCCGAAUGGACCAGCGCAGGAAAGAUGCCUGCAGGCUGUCAUCAAAGAGGUAGGCAUGAAGCCUCCUGAAAUGGACACUACUGAAUGUCACGGCACAGGGACAUCUUUGGGCGAUCCUAUUGAGAUUGGUGCCUACAAAAAGGUGAUGUCUAUGGUGCCAAGGCAUGAGCCGGUGGUCAUCACAUCGUCCAAAUCCAACAUUGGGCAUUGUGAAGGCAGUGCCGGAGUCUCCGGAUUCCUGAAGUGUGUUUUGCUUUGCUUGUACGGAGAAGGAACCCCGAAUUGCCACUUGAAUUGUUUGAAUCCGCACUUGGACAUGUCGGGCUUCCCGGGCAUCCUGACCACGGAGAAUGUCACCUUCAGGGCAGAGGCCAGUUUCAAUGGAGUUUUGUCCUUUGGAUUUGGUGGAACGAAUGCUUGUUCCACCGUCUGGGGAGUCAACCAAAUGACUUCCAGAGGAGUUGGAACCAACAAGGACCUCUACAGCCUCUUUAUUCGAAAGAUGCAAGAUGCACCUCCGCAAGAAGUGACCAUCGUUGGCGAAGAUUGGGAGGACUGGGAGAUGGGUGGUCCAGACAAGGAUGCGCGCUUCAAUGACGUCUUUGAGGUGGAAUUGGACCCUGAUGGGGUCGUCAGCUACUGGAAGAAAGACAAGGAGGUCCCAGAUCUUGGCAGUGCAUAUUUCCUGACCGGCACUUUCAACGACUGGAGAUAUGACGAGAUGGAGGCCGACCCCAACGUACCUGGGUUGUACUUCUCGACCUUUCGCAUUGCUGCGAACGUUGAAGAAGAGUUCCAGGUCGUUGCUGGUCAAGAUCCCAAAAUGACCUUUCAUCCGUCUAGCAGGACUCCUCAAAAAUCAGCUGCUGUUCGCGGGCCAGAAGAGACCAAGCGAGAGAAUUGUUGGUGUGUGAGGGGUGCCAAGGGAGAGCGGUAUCGAGUGGAGUUUUAUAGAUCUGAGACGGGCGCUGCUACUGUCUCAUGGCUGAAAGAGCCUUGACAUAGUUCUAGAAAUGGCCAAGAACUUGUUAAAGCCCAUUUUGCAACGGGCUUGCCGUUUCGUGGCCCUUAAGCUUUGUAGAUCUUCCCGGAGCAUAGUAGCAUUUGCAAGCGUGCAAAGAGUGAUCAAGAC